AUGCCUGGAGGUUCCUUCAUAGGGGCUCUUGUGUCCGGACUACUUACAGAUGCGUUUGGAAGAAAGUCGUCGAUUCAAAUCGGCUCUGUGAUCUGGAUCAUUGGAAGUGUUAUCUCAUGUGCGGCACAAAAUUUCCCCAUGCUGAUUGUGGGCCGGUUUAUCAACGGCAUUUGUGUUGGAAUUUGCUCUGCCCAGGUACCAGUCUAUGUUGCCGAACUAGCACCAGCCCAUAAAAGAGGUCUUGUCGUCGGUGCGCAGCAAUGGGCCAUUACCUGGGGUAUCUUGAUUAUGUUUUACAUCUCAUAUGGAUGUUCGUUUUUGAAAGGUACAGCGUCAUUUAGGGUGCCUUGGGCUCUGCAGAUGAUUCCGGCUAUAUUUCUCUUCUUUGGAAUAUUUUGGAUGCCCGAGUCUCCGCGAUGGCUCGCGAAACAGGACCGCUGGGAUGACUGCCAGAAGAUAUUGGCCCUCAUCCAUGCUAACAAUAAUCCUGAUGAUGAUCUUGUUCGAAUGGAGCUCCAGCAGUUGAGAGAAGCGUGUGAUAUGGACCGCAUUCAGUCUGAUGUUUCUUUCACUGAACUGGUAAAGCCGCCAAUGCUCUGGAGACUCCAUAUUGGCGUUUUCGUGCAGAUAUGGUCUCAAUUGACUGGAAUCAAUGUCAUUAUGUAUUACAUCACCUUUGUGUUUGGUAUGGCGGGGCUGAGUGGUAACAACAAUUUGGUCGCAUCUUCUAUCAACUAUGUCAUCAAUGUUGUUGUUACCGUGCCCGCUCUUCUAUAUCUGGACAAAGUCGGCCGAAGACCCAUUCUACUGAUGGGUAGUAUCUCUCUCACGGUAUGGUGGUUCCUCUGUGCUGGGCUCAUGGGAGGCUACGGCUCCCCAGCACCUCCAGGUGGAUUGAAUCACAUUGCAGAAGAAAGUUGGUCAAUAACCGGUACCCCCGCGAAAGUGGUAAUUGCCUGUUCCUAUUUGGUGGUAGCCUCUUUUGCGCCUAGUUGGGGACCAGUGUCUUGGGUAUAUCCACCCGAGCUGUUUCCCCUGCGCCUUCGAGGAAAAGCUGUCGCGCUCUCCACCGCCAGCAACUGGAUGUUCAACUUCGCAUUGAGCUAUUACACACCUCCAGCUUUUGUUAAUAUCAAAUGGAAGACCUAUCUUAUCUUCGGGGUUUUUAGCUUUGCAAUGACGCUUCAUGUGUUCUUCUGUUUCCCCGAGACAGCAGGAAAGACAUUGGAGGAGGUCGAAGGGUUACUGAACGAAAACCGAGCGCCAUGGAGAGCUGCAUCUAACAAGCGGGAUUUGGAAAAUGUAGUGAUGGAAUCUACCCAAGCCCAAGAGAAAAGAGAAGAGGAGAUUCAUGUGGAGAGUGCCUGA